UGUGUACAAUAGUAUACGAUAUCUUUUCCAAACUUAACGUCAAUCGAGUCGGAAAUGUUCUGUAAAAAAUAUCUGACGUGUGAGUUUAUGAUGUAGUUUACAUCAAUACAAUCAGAAGUACAUUUUUUUUUUUUUGAAUAAGUUACACACGAAGCACAAUUUGGAAGAGGAGUUUUUUCGGCUUCGUGUGUUCAGUGAAGAGAAGAAAAUUCGUCAAUAUUUGUGCGGAUGAGAGAGAAUGCACAAAAAAUUUAGCCACAUGAGUGUUACCUAUACAUCUUUAAAUAAUUUGGACAGUGGGAAUGGCGGGAGAAAAGGAAGUGAUGCCUCAAAUCUCAUGCGAGAUUGGCGAAGGCAACUACGAACACCGCCGACGUAUCGACUUGGAAACCGUACAUUUCGCGUUCACUAUCACAUUGCACUGAUGUGCAUAUGCUUUGGGGCACUGAUUUUGGUAUUUCUCUUCCUAAAACAUGAUUCCCAAUCAUCGUAUUCAAACAAACGUAAAUGGUACGUACAAUAUGAACAGACAACGAAAAAAGAAUCCGAAUACAAUUACACAUAUCCAUUAACUCCUGCCACAAUUAAUAAUGGUGUUCAUACGUAUCACAUUGGAUUGAUUGCCGAUCUUGAUAAAGAAUCAAAAGAUCCGAAAGAUAAAAAUGUUUGGCGAAGCUAUUUGAAAAUGGGUUAUUUGAGUUAUAAUCCAUCGCAAAAUACAGCCGAAGUAAGUUUUAACGAUCAUGAAAAUCCAACGGAGAUCUCCGGCAGCUAUUCGCUGAAAGGUCGUGGUAUGGAAUUAUCGGAACUAGUAACUUUCAACGGACGCAUGUACACAUUUGACGAUCGAACUGGUCUCAUAUUUCAUCUGAAAGAUAAUAAAGCAUUGCCAUGGGUGCUAUUGAUGGACGGAGAAGGCAAUACCGGAAAGGGUUUUAAGUCAGAGUGGGCGACAGUUAAAGAUGAGGUAUUGUAUGUUGGAUCGAUGGGAAAGGAAUGGACUACAAGUGCCGGGGAAUUUGAGAGUUUUGAUCCAAUGUUUGUUAAAGCUAUAACGAUGACCGGUGAGGUUCAUCACUUGAAUUGGAUUCAAAAUUAUCAAGCACUUCGAACUGCACUCGGAAUUGAAUGGCCUGGAUAUUUAUUACAUGAGUCAGCAUCAUGGUCUCCAAUAAAUCGAAAAUGGUAUUUCCUGCCAAGACGAUGUUCGAAAGAAAGAUACAAUGAAACAAAGGACGAAAUGAUGGGCUGCAAUAAACUCAUUUCGGCCGAUGAAAAUUUCCGUAAAAUUGAAACGGUUAAAUUAGGUCCAUACAAGCCAACCUAUGGAUUUUCUAGUUUUAAAUUCGUACCUGGAAGCAAUGAUAGUGUAAUUGUGGCAUUAAUGAGCGAAGAAUUUAAUGGAAAAACGGCCACACAUCUGACAGUAUUUACCGUUGAUGGUAAAACAUUACUUGGUCCGCUAAAAAUUAAAACUGAUUUCAAAUAUGAAGGCAUUGAAUUUUUUUAAAUGAGAUGCUCCGUUAUUUGUUACAUCAUAUGUCAAUUUGUACUGAUUGUAUACUGUAUUGUAAUAAUAAUGUGCGAUAUUUGUUUAUAAGCUCACCUACAUAUAUAAAUAGUUUGCCUUUUUAACUAUAAAACAAAGCGAUCGUUUUUUGUUAUGUUGCCAAAUCAAGUUAAAUAGAUAAGCAGAUAUUUUAAUUUAUUUCUGACAAAUGAUAACACGCCAUUUAUAUCCAAUAAAAUGCUAUUUUUCAUCGAA